UAUAUAUAAAAUUGUGUGUUAAUUUUAAAGUAAAAUGGCAGAGUUGCGCUCAAAGAUAAUGUUAAUGAAACAAUUGGAGGAACUUCAAGCAAAUCCAAACAAUAUAUUUUCCGCCGGCUUAAAAGAUGAUUCCGAUAUAUACAAUUGGGAAAUCGUUAUUAUGGGACCUCCUGACACUAUUUUUGAAGGAGGCGUUUUUAAUGCAGUUUUGUCCUUUCCUAUAGAAUAUCCUUUACGUCCGCCAACAAUGAAAUUUCUUUCAAAUAUGUGGCAUCCAAAUAUCUAUGCGGAUGGAACUGUUUGUAUUUCUAUACUCCAGGAUUCCCGUGAUUUUGCUUGGGGUAAUUAUAGAGCUGGGGAGUGCUGGUUACCUGUUCACACUGUACAGACCAUAUUACUGUCAGUAGUAUCUUUACUUUCGGAUCCCAAUGUUACGUCACCUGCCAAUUUGCAAGCCGCUCGGGAAUUCACUCAAAACUAUUCGGAGUACAAGAAGAAAGUCUCACAGUGUGUGCGGAAAAGCCAAGAAUAAAUUACCUAUAAUGUUUUAAAAUUUUAUUGUAAGUAGUUUUAGUUUUAAAUAAA